AUAAUCAAAACAAAUACGUACAUACACCAUACAAAUCAUAGUACAAAAUCAAAAUAGUACAUCAACAUCAAGAAUAAUUAAGAUAAAAACAAAGAGAGCAGCAUAAGACAGUUCAUUAAAAAUUAGCUAAAUUAUGAGAGAGAACAACAAAUAUAGAACAAUUUCUUAAAAUUAGACAGAAACAGGACAGAUUUACAUGCAAUCAGGAAACUGAAAACUUUACAAGUUUUAGGAUCUAGGACUUCACAUUUCUGUCGUGAUCUAAGUAUAAAAACUAUUAAAAAGAAUAGCAAAAAUAAAAGCAUUUAUUUUGUGUUGUUACAAGUUAAAUGCCACUCUGAAUAGAUGAGUUUUGAGAAGUGACUUGAAUUUGGACAGGUCAGGACAAUCUCGUAGGUGUUUGGGGAGAGCAUUCCAUAAAGAUGGAGCAGCUAUGGAAAAGGCCCUGUCACCCCAGGUCCGGUGCUUGGUCCUAGAGGGUAUGGACAGUAGGUUAGCCUCAGAAGAGCGAAGGCUACGGGAGGGAAUGUGCUGAUGGAGCAGGUCGGUGAGUGAGCCGCUGUGAGAAUCCAGUGGUGGUUGAGAAUGGAGCCACCACAAAAGUGCCUGCUCAUCCGCUGUAUACUAACCUGCCAGGGCCACGCGCCCUUCAGGGCAAAAUGCCCACCUACAACACGAGACUCACCAGGCGGACCCACCAGUGGCCUCUGUCCACACUCUGAAAAAAUCAAAAUUAAUAUAUUUAAGAGAAAGGAUGAGAGUUGAAGAAAUAUUAAAGACAGCAUAGAUGGGAGUAGCUGGUUUUAUGAUGUAUCUAUGAUCACAGUUCUACACACACAGGAGGAAAAUGAUGUAAUCACAUUCCAACAUCCCAGUGCAGAGCUCUCUACCCUGGAUGGUCCUUAACUAAAGAAGCCGUUGCUGCAGGAUGAAAACAUGGCUGCACCCAUUAAUGCAACGCCAGGACCUCACAGCUUCAAAUACUUCACCCGGGAGUCUCUGGCUAACAUCGAGAAACGCAUCGCUGAGGAGAAAGCCAAGCCUCCACCCAAGCCAGACAGCAGCUACCGCGACGAUGACGAUGAAAACAAGCCCAAACACAACAGUGACCUGGAGGCGGGCAAAAGCCUGCCCUUCAUAUACGGCGACAUUCCUCCUGGAAUGGCGGCGACACCACUGGAGGACCUUGACCCUUUUUACAUAAAUAGGAAGACGUUUAUAGUGGUAAACAAAGGGAAAACAAUCUUCCGCUUCAGUGCCACACCUUCCAUGUACAUUAUAAGUCCUUUUAAUCUUCUUAGGCGAAUAGCUAUUAAAAUUUUGAUACACUCGUUAUUCAGCAUGAUCAUCAUGUGUACCAUUUUGACCAACUGUGUAUUCAUGACUUUUAGUAAUCCUCCUGAGUGGUCCAAACAAGUAGAGUACACAUUCACAGGAAUUUAUACUUUCGAAUCGCUAGUCAAAAUCAUCGCUCGUGGUUUCUGUAUAGAUGACUUCACAUUCCUCAGAGAUCCGUGGAACUGGCUGGACUUUAUGGUCAUCUCAAUGGCAUAUGUAACAGAGUUUGUGGACCUGGGGAAUGUAUCUGCGCUGAGAACGUUCAGAGUUCUCCGAGCAUUGAAAACUAUCUCUGUCAUUCCAGGUCUGAAGACCAUCGUGGGCGCCUUGAUCCAGUCAGUGAAGAAGCUGUCGGACGUGAUGAUCCUCACCGUGUUCUGCCUCAGCGUGUUCGCCCUCAUCGGUCUGCAGCUCUUCAUGGGCAACCUGCGGCACAAGUGUGUCAUCUGGCCCAUCAACAUGACCGAGGCAGGAAACGGCACCAGCUUCGACUUCGAUGCGUACAUCAAGAACGAAAGCAACUUCUACUUCCUCCCUGAAACUCUGGAUGCUCUGCUAUGUGGGAACGGCUCUGAUGCUGGUCGCUGUCCUGAGGGCUACUUGUGCAUGAAGGCUGGACGCAACCCAAACUACGGCUACACCAGCUUCGACAGUUUCGGCUGGGCCUUCCUCGCUCUUUUCCGCCUCAUGACGCAGGACUUCUGGGAGAACCUGUACAUGCUGACUCUGCGUGCGGCAGGAAAGACCUACAUGAUCUUCUUUGUGCUCGUGAUCUUCGUGGGCUCCUUCUACCUGGUCAAUCUGAUCCUGGCUGUGGUGGCCAUGGCUUAUGAGGAGCAGAACCAGGCCACUAUGGAGGAGGCGGCGCGAAAAGAGGAGGAAUUUAAAGCCAUGCUGGAGCAGCUAAGGAAGCAACAAGAGGAUGCCCAGGCAAACGCGAUGGCCACUUCAGCCGGAACCGUGUCGGAAGACGCGGUGGAGGACGACGGAGUGGAAAACCUGUCGUGCAGCUCGUCCGAGAUGUCCAAGCUCAGCUCCAAGAGCGCCAAGGAGAGGAGAAACCGCAAGAAAAAGUGGAAGCAGAAGGAACAGGACCGGGAGAAAGGAGACAGUGAGAAGUUUGUCAAGUCUGAAUCGGAUGACGGCAGCAGGAAGAGGUUCCGCUUCCCUGACAAUCGCUUGGGUCGCAGGUCAUCCAUCAUGAACCAGUCUCUCCUCAGCAUCCCUGGUUCGCCGUUCUUAUCCCGCCACAACAGCAAAAGCAGCAUCUUCAGCUUUAAGCGUAACCGUGACGCCGGAUCGGAGAACGAGUUCGCGGAUGACGAGCACAGCACGGUGGAGGAGUGCGAUCAGAGGCGCAGCUCGCUGUUCAGCCCGUACCGCCGCAGCAGCUACAGCGGCUACCAUGGCAAGCACAACAGCACGGUGGACUGCAACGGUGUGGUGUCCCUAAUCGGGCCCGGUCCAGGAGGACGUCUACUGCCUGAGGUGAUAAUAGAUAAGGCAGCUUCUGACGACAGCCCAACCACUGACGUUGAGAUCAAGAAGAAACUCUCCGGAUCUCUAAUGGUUUCCAUGGACCAACUCAACGCUUCUUUCAGUCACAAGGAACGAGCGAACAGCGUCAUGAGCGUCACCAACACAUUAGUAGAGGAACUGGAAGAAUCUCAGAGGAAGUGUCCACCAUGCUGGUACAAGUUUGCCAACACUUUCCUUAUCUGGGAGUGCUGCCCCCUGUGGAUAAAGAUCAAGGAGAUCGUGAACCUGAUCGUGAUGGACCCUUUUGUGGAUUUGGCCAUCACGAUUUGCAUCGUCCUCAACACUCUCUUCAUGGCCAUGGAGCAUCACCCAAUGACCCCACAAUUUGAGCAUGUGUUGUCCGUGGGGAACCUGGUGUUCACAGGGAUCUUCACGGCAGAAAUGGUGGCCAAGUUGGUUGCAAUGGACCCGUACUACUAUUUCCAGGAGGGCUGGAACAUUUUCGAUGGCUUCAUUGUGAGCCUGAGCUUGAUGGAGCUGGGACUGGCAAAUGUGGAAGGCCUGUCUGUGCUCAGAUCAUUCCGAUUGCUGCGAGUGUUUAAGCUGGCUAAGUCGUGGCCCACCCUGAACAUGCUGAUCAAGAUCAUCGGGAACUCUGUGGGAGCUCUGGGGAACUUGACCCUGGUUUUGGCCAUCAUCGUCUUCAUCUUUGCUGUGGUGGGCAUGCAGCUGUUUGGAAAGAACUACAAGGACUGCGUGUGUAAGAUCGCUCAGGACUGCGAGCUUCCCCGCUGGCACAUGAACGACUUCUUCCACUCCUUCCUGAUUGUGUUCCGCGUGCUGUGUGGCGAGUGGAUCGAGACCAUGUGGGACUGCAUGGAGGUGGCGGGGCAGGCCAUGUGUCUCAGCGUUUUCAUGAUGGUCAUGGUCAUUGGAAACUUAGUGGUGCUGAAUCUGUUUCUUGCCUUGCUGCUGAGCUCAUUCAGCGCAGACAACCUGGCAGCCACAGACGAUGACGGAGAAAUGAACAACCUGCAGAUCUCAGUCAACCGCAUCAAGUUCGGCAUAGCCUGGAUCAAGGUUAAAGUGCGGAAGGUAGUGGCCGGACUCAGGAGGAAGGCGGUGGACGAGGCCAAGCCCCUGGACGACAUGUAUGACAAGAAGCUGAACUGUAUCGCCAACCACACGGACAUGAACCAUGAGCUGGACUAUCAGAAGGAUGCCAACGGCACCACCAGUGGCAUCGGCAGCAGCGUGGGGAAGUACAUGAUCGAUGAGGAUCAUAUGUCGUUCAUCCACAACCCCAACCUGACCGUGUGCGUACCCAUCGCUGCUGGAGAGUCCGACUUCGAGAACCUAAACACAGAAGACUUCAGCAGCGAGUCCGAGGCAGAGGGCAGCAAAGACGGGCUGGAUGACAGCAGUUCGUCAGAAGGCAGCACGAUUGAUAUAAAGCCGGAGGUCGAGGAGGCCGUGGUGGUGGAAGCUGUAGAGGAGUAUUUGGACCCAGAGGCCUGCUGGACUGAAGCUUGUAUCGCUCGCUACAAGUGCUGUGACGUGUCCAUCACGGAGGGCUGGGGAAAGAACUGGUGGUAUCUCCGCAAGACCUGCUAUCUCAUUGUGGAGCACAACUGGUUUGAAACGCUCAUCAUCUUCAUGAUUCUGCUUAGUAGUGGAGCAUUGGCUUUUGAAGACGUGUACAUCGAGCAGAGGAAGACGAUUCGGAUCAUUUUGGAAUACGCCGACAGGGUGUUUACCUACAUCUUCAUCCUGGAAAUGCUGCUGAAAUGGGUGGCCUACGGGUUUGUGAAAUACUUUACCAAUGCCUGGUGCUGGCUGGACUUCUUCAUUGUGGAUGUGUCUAUAGUCAGCCUUAUAGCUAAUGCGCUGGGCUUCUCCGAUCUAGGGCCCAUUAAAUCACUCAGGACACUCAGGGCCUUGAGACCACUCAGAGCAUUGUCACGGUUUGAAGGGAUGAGGGUGGUAGUCAACGCCUUGGUGGGCGCCAUCCCUUCCAUUAUGAAUGUGUUGCUGGUUUGCCUCAUUUUUUGGCUGAUUUUCAGUAUCAUGGGGGUCAACCUGUUCGCUGGCAAAUACCACUACUGCUAUAACGAAACCGCAGGGAAAAUAUUCGAAUUACACGAAGUGAACAACAAGACGGAAUGUUUUGCCCUCAUUGAACAGAACCCUACCGAAGUGCGCUGGAAGAACGUCAAGAUCAAUUUCGACAACGUGGGUGCCGGCUAUCUGGCCUUGCUGCAAGUGGCUACUUUUAAAGGUUGGAUGGACAUUAUGUAUGCAGCUGUUGACUCACGAAGGGUGGACGACCAGCCAAUGUAUGAGGACAACAUCUACAUGUACAUCUACUUCGUCAUCUUUAUUAUUUUUGGCUCGUUUUUCACUCUCAACCUGUUUAUUGGUGUCAUCAUCGACAAUUUCAACCAGCAAAAGAAAAAGUUUGGAGGUCAGGAUAUCUUUAUGACAGAGGAGCAGAAGAAAUACUACAAUGCAAUGAAGAAACUGGGUUCGAAGAAACCACAAAAACCCAUACCCAGGCCUCAGAACAAGAUCCAGGGAAUGGUGUUCGACUUUGUGACGCAGCAGGUCUUCGACAUCUCCAUCAUGAUCCUCAUCUGCCUGAACAUGGUGACCAUGAUGGUGGAAACAGAUGACCAGUCAGAUGAGACCGAGGCGAUCCUUUACUGGGUCAACUUUAUCUUCAUUGUGGUCUUCACGGCAGAGUUUGUUCUAAAGCUCUUUUCUCUGCGCCAUUACUACUUCACCAAUGGCUGGAAUAUCUUUGACUGUGUUGUGGUCAUUCUGUCUAUAGUAGGUAUGUUCCUGGCAGACCUGAUUGAAAAGUACUUUGUGUCACCAACAUUGUUCAGGGUGAUCCGUCUAGCCCGAAUUGGUCGUAUCCUACGUCUGAUCAAGGGAGCCAAAGGCAUUCGGACACUGCUUUUCGCCCUCAUGAUGUCACUGCCGGCUCUCUUCAACAUCGGCCUGCUGCUCUUCCUGGUGAUGUUCAUCUUCUCCAUCUUUGGCAUGUCCAACUUUGGCUUCGUGAAGCGGGAGUCGGGGAUCGAUGACAUGUACAACUUUGAGACCUUCGGGAACAGCAUGAUCAUUCUGUUUAUGAUCACCACCUCGGCGGGCUGGGAUGGCCUGUUGGCGCCCAUUCUUAACUACGCUCCAGACUGCGAUCCCGAGAAGGAGAACCCGGGCACUUCAGUCAAGGGCAACUGUGGCAAUCCUUCUGUGGGUAUCUUCUUUUUUGUCAUGUACAUCAUUGUCUCUUUCCUGAUUGUGGUGAACAUGUACAUUGCUAUUAUCCUGGAGAACUUCAGCGUUGCAACAGAAGAGAGCGCAGACCCGCUGUGUGAAGACGACUUCGAGUCCUUUUACGAGAUCUGGGAGAAGUUCGAUCCGACAGCUUCGCAAUUCAUUACGUUUGCAAAACUCGGUGACUUUGCCGAUACUCUUGAGCAUCCUUUGCGGGUACCUAAGCCCAACACAAUAGAACUCAUCGCCAUGGAUCUGCCCAUGGUAAGUGGAGACCGUAUCCACUGCUUAGACAUCCUGUUUGCCUUUACCAAGCGGGUUCUGGGUGACAGCGGCGAUCUGGACAUGAUGAGGCAGCAGAUGGAGGAGCGCUUUAUUGCCGCCAAUCCUUCCAAAAUUUCUUUCGAGCCCAUCACUACCACACUGCGGCGCAAACAGGAGCACAUGUCCGCCUCGGUCAUCCAGCGUGCCUACCGCGCCCACCUCGUGCGCCGGGGCUUCAUCUGCAAACGACUGCUGAGCAGCACCAAGCUGGAGAACGGAGGGACCAACCAGGAGAAAAAGGAGGACACCCCGUCCACCGCCUCACUGCCCUCUUAUGACAGUGUGACCAAACCCGAGAAGGACAAGCUAGACGAGAGCGAAAGGCAAGAAGGCAAGAGUGGCAAAAACCAAAAAGACAUCAAGGAAUCAAAGUGUUAGGAGCACCGCACCAGGUAUAGCCAAAACCAGAGACCAGACUCUGUAUCCAUUCUAACAAAAGUAAAAAAAAAAUCAUUUUCAAUGAAACCUAGAAAAACAGAAAAAAAGUUGUUUACAGACAAGCUCCAGUGCAGAGAAAGCAGUUCGGUUUCUUAACACUUUGAUUAUGACCAAACCAAACCCUAACGAGCUUCCUACGCGGCAUCUGUAACACACGAGAGAAGGCCUCCUGUAUAGGGACCAUUUCCAUAGGACAAACCCCACCACAAGUGGAGUUCAGCAUUCCUCUGUUACAGAUUUACCCCUUACAAACACUACACUGCCGAAAUCCAACGGGGGAAAAAAACCCCAUCUCAGUGCAGGAGGGAUCCUGAAACAUUGUCCAUGCACCGUUCUCAUCGGGGUGGCCUGAACGAGAGAGGAAACUUAAGAAAAACUACGAAAACAGAAAAUUAUGCAAAGAUUUUGAGUUUUGUGGGAUGAAUAUACUUGCAUCUUUACAUUAUUUGAGCCGCAAAAAAGAAGGUAAAUAGAAACAUUCAGCCCACAUCACUAGUCUUUUCAUUAUCUUUGUUAUACUUGCAUUAAAAAAAGACAUUUUAUACAUGGACUUUCACACUGCAGUUGGGUUGGGCUCAUCGAUCAGGGUUUUGACUUGUGCUGAAAGGGACUUGCUCAGACUAGAGUUCCAGAUAAAUAAGUAAUUAAUUGUGCUCGUUCAGUGCAUAGAAAUGACUUGCAUGGUGGCAUGUUUUGAUCAGAAAUCAUGCAUGUAUAAUCAUAGUCCACUUGACACUUCUACUCACCACUAAAGUGGCUUGACCAUACGUCUGAGGCUGUCCACAGGUAAAUAUUUUAUGAAAGGAGAAAUUUAAACGGUAACAUUCGAAGAGUUUGAACUUAGGCUCCCAUAUACACUGGUUUGCAAUCAACCGAGUAUCACAUCGUCCAAAAUCUAUCAAGUCAGUGGAAGUUAAAUAGCUGUUCUUUUUUUAAUAUUAUGGCACAUAUAGCAUUUAUUGCCCCACUUAGAGAAACGGUUCGCUGCCCUACACAUUUAGUUAGUCUUUAGAAACAUUUUACCAAAUCAUGGGCAGAUGAACCCUGUUUUUGUUUUGCACCAGCAAUAUGAUUCAUUUAUUUUUAUUUAUUUAUUUAUUUAUUUAUUUAUUUAUUUAUUUAUUUAUUUAUUUAUUUCUGAUCUUCUACAAGCAAUUAAGAGUCUUCAAAGGUUGCAUUAAGCCACCAUGCCAUUUGUAAUCUCUUACAAUACUUUGUCAGUCGGGACCAGGCCUCUUUCUGAGGUGACCUCUUUUAUUUAAGACGUGUUUUUGGAGUCUGUUGUCUCCAUACUUUUGUUUUGUCUCUAAGAAGUAAGAAAUAGAGCAGCAGGGCAGCUAUUGUGAAUGAUUUAGCAGUUAACAGUACUGUCCACUUGCAUUUUUCCAUGUUGUAUAUACUCUGGACUUGAAAGCUAUUGGUCCCUACAUUAAAAAAGUA